UUUAUUUUAAACAGAUUUCAAAAUGAUCUUUUCUAAUCGUUUUUACUCAGGUAUCCCGGGGACAUUAGGAAAUAGCACACUACGUUUGUGUCAAUUUUAAAAAUUAUUUUCAGGCUAUGGUGGAGGGAGCAGUGACUAUAGCUGUGUUCGAUGUAAACAUAGCUGGCAACUCGACGGCGAAUGUCAUGUCAUAUUUACAAGAUGAGUACACCAAAGCCAUGUUGACUUACUGUCAUUCUGCAACAGAUGCAGCCUGACACAGAUGCCAUGGCCCCUCUCACCCUGGGGGACUUGGACUUGACCACAGACGAGUUCAUCUUGGAUGAAGUGGAUAUUCACAUACAAGCUAAUCUGGAAGAUGACUUGGUGAAGGAGGCACUGAAAACGGGUGUUGACCUCAGGCAUUACUCUAAACAGGUGGAAGGUGAACUCCAACGAAUUGAACAAGCUUCCAUCAAAGACUAUAUCAAGGAAAGCCAGAACAUUGCCUCUCUGCACAACCAGAUCACAGCCUGUGACUCCAUACUGGAGCGAAUGGAGGGCAUGCUGAGCGGCUUCCAGAGUGACCUCUCGUCCAUCAGCAGUGAGAUCCAGACUCUGCAGCAGCAGUCGGUCAGCAUGAGCGUGCGGCUGAAGAACAGGCAGGCCGUACACAGCCACCUCAGCCAACUGGUGGAUGAGCUGGUGGUGCCCGGAGCUAUGAUCCAGGUAAUCGUGGAUAGCCCGGUUACGGAGCAGGAGUUCCUUGAGCAGCUCCAUGAGCUCAACAACAAGAUCAAUUUUGCCAAAGAGCUCAGCUUCAGGGAGACUUUGGCCUGCUCUGACAUCCAGGACAUCGUGGACCACCUCAAAAUCAAGGCUGUCACAAAGAUCAGAGAAUUUAUCCUGCAGAAGAUUUAUUCCUUCAGAAAGCCCAUGACCAACUAUCAAAUCCCCCAGAACACUCUCCUUAAGUACAGCUUUUUCUAUCAGUUCCUCUUGGCAAAUGAAAGGACAGUAGCUAAGGAGAUCAGGGAUGUGUACGUGGACACCAUGAGUAAGAUCUAUUACAGCUACUUCAAGUCCUACAGCGGCAGGCUGCUCAAAGUACAGUAUGAGGAGGUGGCAGACAAAGAUGACCUGAUGGGAGUGGAAGACACGGCCAAGAAAGGUUUCUUCUCCAAGCCCUCCCUGAAGAGCAGGAACACCAUCUUCACCCUGGGCCAGCGGGGGGCCGUGCUGAGCCCUGCCGAGCUGGAGGGGCCCAUCCUUAUCCCCCACACUGCCCAGAGAGGGGACUGCAGGUAUCCCUAUGAGACGCUGUUCCGCAGUCAGCACUACGCCCUCUUGGACAAUGGCUGUCGAGAGUUCCUCUUCCUGUCUGACUUCUUCAUGGUGGCUGGAAACUCUGCGCUGGACCUCUUCAACAGCGUCAUGGGAAAGACUCUCAGCUUGUUCCUGAAGAGCAUGUCCACCUAUGUAUCGGAUUGCUACGACAGCAUCGCUGUGUUUCUGUGUAUCCACAUCAUCCUGCGUUUCAGAGCCAUCACAACCAAGAGGGCCAUCCCAGCCCUGGACAAGUACUGGGAGGCAGUGCUGGAGCUGCUGUGGCCCAGGUUUGAGCUCAUCCUGGAGAUGAACAUUCAGAGCAUCUGCAACACGGACCCCCAGAAACUGGGCGUGUUGGACACCAGACCACACUAUAUCACACGUAGAUACGCAGAGUUCUCUUCUGCCAUUGUUAGCAUUAACCAGACAUUCACCAGCGAGCGAACCCACACCCUCCUUGGUCAACUGCAGGUUGAAGUGGAGAACUUUGUCCUGAAGAUGGCUGCAGAAUUCCCUUCACGCAGGGACCAGCUCAUCUUCCUCAUCAACAACUACGACAUGAUGCUCAAUGUCCUCAUGGAGAGGGCAGCCGAUGACAGUAAAGAGGUUGAGGGCUUCCAGCAGCUCCUCCAGGCCAGGAGCCAGGAGUUUAUUGAGGAGAUUCUGUCCUCCCCCUUUGGUGGCAUGAUAGCGUUUGUGAAGGCGAGCGAGGCGUUGAUAGAGAAAGGCCAGCUGGAUAGACUGAAGAAUGAUGAAGCCCAAAUCACCCAGCUAAUCAGGGGGUUUACCAGCACAUGGAAACAGUCUGUGGAAGCUCUGAGUCAGGAUGUCAUGAGAUCCUUCACCAACUUCAAGAACGGCACUGGUAUCAUUCAGGGGGCACUCACCCAGCUCAUCCAGUACUACCAUGGCUUCCACAAGGUGCUGUCCCAGCCCACCUUCCGCAGCCUGGCCGUGCGCUCGGAGCUCAUCAACCUGCACCACCUCAUGGUCGAGGUCAAGAAACACAAGCCCAACUUCUAACUGGACACUUCCAAGGGUAGAGACUGGGGAUGUGAUGGAUUAAAUGAAGAUGCUCAAAAUCAGACAUGGCCUGAUUGGAAACAAGUAGAAGAGUAUAUCCCUUUGCUUGUGGCAUCGCUCCACUGAUUAAGGACAGUGUAUUGCACGUGGGAUCCUGUUGUUUGUGAUUUGACAUUGUAUCAAUGUCAAUAGGUAAGGCCUUGUGUGAAACUGCUACUUUUUUAUCAUGGGUGCUUGGUUCUUUUCUUUCAGGGAGGGGAUAGGGGGAUGAAGAGACAGAAAUGGGAUAUGGGAAGGUUCAGUGGUUAUAUGGAUUGACAGGAGAGAUCACAGAAAUCAAAGGCUGUAAGAAGAAAUAUAGUAGAUGGUAUUUUCCAGACAGGGUUGCACAACUCAGGCCCUCAAGUUGGUGCUGGUAUUCAUUUCUCCCUAGCACAUAACUGAUCAAUUACUUUCCCAGGUAGAAUCCAGUCUUUGGAUUCACAGUCACACCCACAGUCUUAUGAUUGUGAGAGGGAGGAGCAAGAGGUAGAGGUAUCAUUGAAGUUCAGUGUGAAAAGGAAAAGAGUGGUAUCUCCCAGGCCCUUGUUCUGUGUUCUCAUACAUGUACACUGAACAAAAAUAUAAACGCUACAUGUAAAGUGUUGGUCCCAAGUUUCAUGAGCUGAAAUAAAAAAAAUCUAUUAAUUUA